UGUAUGUCCAUGGGAAUAAGUGUGGAACAUUCCGUGGCACAUGUACAUACACAGAACGGCUUGGCCGAGUCUUUCAUUAAACGUAUACAGCUGAUAGCCCGACCAUUACUCAUGCGGUCUAAUCUCCCGGUAUCAGCUUGGGGACAUGCCAUACUACAUGCAGCUGAGUUGAUCCGCAUCAGGCCAUCUAGUGAGCACAAAUAUUCUCCAUCCCAGUUGAUUAAGGGUCAAGAGCCAGACGUGUCCCAUAUAAAAACUUUUGGAUGUGCCGUUUAUGUUCCUAUUGCUCCACCACAGAGAACUAAGAUGGGACCACAGAGAAGGAUGGGAAUAUAUGUAGGAUAUGAGUCUCCGACCAUCAUUAAGUAUCUUGAGCCAACAACCGGUGAUUUGUUUUGCCCAAAAAAAAAUUAAAUCAAUUUAAGUGGCCACCUUUUCCUGCUUGUAAAAUAAAUAACUUGCUGCUAAAAGACGAUUUCCAUUGUUGCAAGUGAAUUUUUUUUUUACGCGGUAGUACGAUUUGUAAUUUCGACAUUUUAAUAAAAACAUUUCUUUAAAAAAUACACCACUAGUUUAGCACUUCUGAUAAAGAUUAAGGCAUCAAAAUUUACUGAAUAUUUUAAUAUGACCCGAACCAAAACCGAGUUCGUUGGGUUAGAUGUAAAGUUUUGUAAAAUAGGCGCUUCCAUUGACCAACCAACUCCUUCUCCACUACGAAAGCAAAGAACCAGCUUCAGAAGCUUCAUCGGCGGGGGGAGAUGGUGGAGGAUCCUCUCAUGGUUCAGAUUCUACCAGACCAGCCGUCGUCGUACACAUUCAGUAAAACCAAGUCGAAAUCGAUUCUCCUGCUAAUCAUCACUACCACGUUGGGGCUACUGUUUGUUGUCUUCUAUUCAAACAUUGAGUUGUCCUCUUCAGGAUGGAAUGUGAAAAGUUCGUUCCGUUACAGCGUCAUUAUCGACGCGGGGAGUUCAGGGACACGUGUUCAUCUUUUCAGGUACUGGAUCGAGUCCGGUAAGCCCGUGUUCGAUUUCGGUGAGGUGAAUUACCUUAGCCUGAAGCUCACUCCUGGAUUAUCAGCCUAUGCUGAUAAUCCAGUGGAGGCCAACACUAUGGUAGCGCAUCUCGUGGAUUUCGCCAAAAUAUUUAUUCCGGUGGGAGUGUUGAAGGUGACUGAUAUCAGGCUGAUGGCUACUGCUGGUAUGAGACUGCUUAAUGAAACUGUUCAGCAACAGAUUCUUGAAGUUACAAGAAAGGUUCUUAGAUCCUCUGGCUUUAUGUUUAGAGACGAAUGGGCUUCUGUUAUCUCUGGAUCUGAUGAAGGUAUAUAUGCUUGGGUUAUUGCCAAUUAUGCGCUUGGUUCUCUUGGUGGUGAUCCGUUUCAAACAACAGGAAUUGUUGAACUCGGAGGGGCUUCUGCACAGGUGACAUUUGUGUCAAGUGAGUUUGUGCCCCCUGAGUUCUCGCGUACGAUAUCCUAUGGAAAUGUUGCAUACAAAAUCUACAGUCACAGUUUCCUCCAUUAUGGACAGGACACAGCACAGGAAGAUUUGUAUAAAUCACUUCAAAACUCAGGAAAAGGAACUGUUAUUGACCCUUGUACUCCUAAAGGAUACACCGCUGGGAAAAAAUCACUGAAUGAUUCAUUCGGAAUCUUAGCCGAAGAAAGCAGACUUACAGCCACAGUUCAAGCUGCAGGCAAUUUCUCACAGUGUCGAUCUCUUACAUUCGCAAUGUUGCAGAAAGGAAAGGAGAACUGUCCUUAUAAGCAUUGUUCUAUUGGAUCAACAUUCACUCCUAAUCUUCAAGGAAAGUUUUUGGCUAAAGAACAAUUCUACCACACCUCCAAGUUCUUUGAGUUAGAAGAAAAGGCUUGGUUGUCUAAAAUGAUUCCAGCCGCAAAGAGUUUCUGUGGAGAAGAAUGGUCAAAACUUAAAGAGAAGUAUCCAACAAUUAAAGAUAGAUAUCUGCAUGGGUAUUGCUUCUCAUCAGCAUAUAUUGUCUCGAUGCUUCAUGACAGUCUUGGGUUUGCUCUUGAUGAUGAAAGAAUCAAGUUUGCGGAGAAAGCUGGAGCCAAAAAUACACCGCUGGAUUGGGCACUGGGAGCUUUUAUACUAAAUAAUGCCAAAGCCAGAUAUGAUUACGGUGGUAAAUCUAGAAAAAAUCUUGGCUUUUUUUAA